AUGUCCUCUUUCGGUGUCGUUGUAUGCCUCAGCUUGUUCCUUUCUAGUGCUUAUCCAGCCCCGGCUCUUAACAGUGAUAGUCUUUCCGUGUCGAAAUUUGGUGGCAUUGAAACGAAAGAUGAGGAAUUAAGAAGACUGGAAAUGGAGAAAUCUUUAGAGUACAGCAAGUUAGAGAACAUUGUUAAAAAACUCUUCCUCUUCAAUGCUCAUUUCAGUGAUACCAAUCAAGCAGGCGAUUUGAGAUGUGAAACUAUUAAAGAAGAUAAGAAACAUUUUAUGUAUUACGAGAUAAAAGGUAAAAUUUUCCCUAAAAGGAAACCCGUAUACGUCGCUGAAACUCUGUCGGCUGUAGGUAUAAAAAAAUACUUUGAGAUCAGCGCUGAGGAAAAUAUAUUCCGACUUAUGAAUAAAUCGCAGAGUGUUACGCAUAUUUCGUUCAAUAAACUAAAAUAUGAAGACAGAUCAGUAAUUGAAAUUGACAAUGGGAAGGCUGAACCAGCAAGUACAAAUCAGCAGGAGGAGACUUUAUUAUUAAUUACUCGAGGAUACUUCAUUAAGAAUUAUACUGUUAAAGAAAUAUCUUCAAUGGAUGUCACAAAAACAAGCCAGCACCAAAUCCUUAACGUAACUUAUUCUGGUUAUGCACAAGACAAAAUUGAUAAAAACAUGUCACAAAGUUUAUUAUUUAAAUAUGGAAACGAGUAUGAUUUGGAUAAUGAUACAAGAAAAAACACAACCAACAGUUAUACCAUUCCCCAUGAUCCGAAAAUGUUUGCCUCUAGAUCAUCCCAAGUCACUAUAGAAACUCUACCAAGUUUUGAUUCAAAUUCUGACAGUACUGGUUUUCAAAUUUACGAGUAUGUUACAGAGUCAGUAAACGUACUACAAUCUUCGGGAAACAUAAUUCCCUAUUGGGAUUCAACUUCUAAAGAUAGUGACUGUUGCAAAGAAACCACACCAAGCACCACAAAAGACACAACACAAACAUCUUCUAAUGUUUAUAACAGCAAUCUGACAAAAAAUAGAAAUGAAUCACAUUUCACGGCUACAUAUCGACCGACCACUAUACAUUAUGACCUUAAACUCCCUACGUAUUCAUAUCUCACGUCUUUUGAAAGUCCCGAUAAAGGUCAAAACAUAACAGAGAACGAUAGUAAUAGUACAAUAAAAGGAAUUUUUACAAGUCCAUCUAUUAGUGAUUUCAAUGAAAGUAAAAUUAAUCAAUCCCAUUUUGUAUCCCAUAGCCAUUCAACCUCAUCUACCAGAUCUUAUCAAUUAGCCAGUUCUCAAGCGAUAAUGGAUUCAAACAAAUUUUUUGAUCAAGUUAAUAAUGAUCCCAAACAAUCUACAACUUUCAACAACAGUACCAACAAAUAUCAAAUAGGCUCUACGACCGGAACUACGAAAUCAGUUAUUGGAAAGGGAAUUUCUAUUUUAAAUAACAGUACAGAAAAGAUUAAAUUUGGAGAAUCAACUUUUGCUCCAAGUAUUUCGUUAAAUAGUCCUUACCAAACUAAUUUUGUAUUCAAUGUUUCGUCAACAACUCACAAAGAUCUUCAAGAUAACUUCCAAAGUAAUAAAACUGAGACUAAUAUAUCCUUUUAUUUUAAACCCAAUAAUCUCACCACAGAAAGAAAUUUACAGACAGAUUAUUUUCAAUCAUCCAGUGAUAUUGAUCUUUCAUAUAAUCCUUCGACGGUAACAAAUGACAGUUUUUCUUCCAACUAUUUCGGUAAAAAUUAUGAAACAAAUAACUCUUCGAAAACUUUAGGCUAUACUGAUAUGACCUCGGUCACAGAUGGGAAUAAAUGGAACGAUUCAAAAGAGCAAUCAAAAAUGUUUACACUUUUUCCCUCCAGUUUAUCGUUAAAUAAAACUACUGGGUCCCUCUAUUAUUUAUAUAAUUCCAUGGAAACAAUAGAAACAAUUUCUCCAUCUAUAAAAAAUAAUAAUGUAAGUGAUAAGAAAUUGGAAGUCAAUAAAAAUGACGUUUCAUUGAAUCCAUUAGAUGGUACUGGAACUACACAAUCAGUUAUUGAAAAAGAAAUUUCAAUUUUAAAUUAUAUUACCAUGACCACUGAGAAGGUUACAUUAGGAGAACCCUUGCCUACCAGAUCUUAUCAAUUAGCCAGUUCUCAAACGGCAAUGGAUUCAAAUAAAUUUAGUGAUCAAGUUAAUCAUGUCCCCAAGCAAUCUACAACUUUCAAUAACAGCACCAAAAAAGAUCAACUGAGUUCCACAACGGGAACUACAAAAUCAGUUAUUGAAAAGGAAAUUUCUAUUUUAAAUUAUAGUAAUAUUACCAGUGAGAAGGUUACAUUGGGAGGAUUAUCUUUUUCUCCAAGUGCUUCGUCAAAUAGCCCUCAACAAACUAGUUCCGUGUCCAAUGUUUCGUCAAGAACUCACGAAGAUCUUCAAGACAAUUCCCAAAGUAUGAAAACUGAGUCUAUUCCCUUUAAAAAUCAGAAAUUGGAACCUCCGACAAACACCACCAUUGCCACUGAGAAGAUUACAUUAGGAGAAACCUCUCCUACUAGAUCUUAUCAAUUAACAAGUUCUCAAGUGUCAAUGUAUUCAAAUAAAUUUACUGAUCAAGUUAAUGAUACCCCCAAGCAAUCUGCAACUUUCAACAACAGUACCGAAAAAGAUCUACAGGGUUCUACAACUGGAACUACAAUAUCAGUUAUUGAAAAGAAAAUUUCUGUUUUAAAUUACAUUAACAUUACCACUGAGAAGGUUACUUUAGGAGAAUCAUCUUUUUCUCCAAGUGCUUCGUCAAAUAGCUUUCAACAAACUAGUUCCGCAUUUAAUGCUUCGUCAAAUAGUUUUAAUCAAACUAUUCCCGCAUUCAAUGUUUCGUCAACAACUCACAAAGAUCUUCAAGACAAUUUCCCUAGUAUGAAAACUGAGUCUAUUCCAUUUAAAAAUCAGAAAUUGGAACCUCUAACAAACGCCUACUAUACUUCAUCGGCAAUCGAUGAAAUAAAAACAUUUGAUUAUUUGACGUCUGAAACAGAUAUGAUUACUGACAAUAUGUACGCUUCAACAGCAGAAUACAACCCCUCGUUUUCUAGUUCAUCUAAAAAAAUAAGUGAAGAUAAAUUUUUUAAUACUGUAACCUCCCCGUCUCCAAAUAAUUUAAGUAAUGACAGUUUUAAUCCGUAUCUGUAUACUUCUAGCUCUUUUAUUAACAACACUGUACCCAUCCCUGUAAUAUUCAACCUAUCAAAUCAUUCGGAAGAGGUUUUUAAUAAUUCACAACCGAACAGUUCAAAUUUCGGUUUCGAAUUUGGAAAUCGUAGCACACUGUCGUAUGCUUUUAACAACUCCGAGAGCACUAGCUUUACGACAAAAAAUUACCUUGAUGAAGAAUCAACGAAUAGUGAUAAACAGUCGAAUAAAACUAGCGAAAAAGAAACCAAUUAUUCUGUUGUUUUUUCAACAGCAUCACUUAUUUACACAGUACAUAACUUAAAAGAACACCAGUCUUUGGACUUUCAGUCUGAGAGCCCCGAAUCUGACACAACACAAAAUAUUUAUGAAUUGAAUGAAACGACCCAUCCUGUAUUAUCCCAUCAUACUUAUAAUACUGAAAAAUUGGAAGAACUUUCAAAAGAAAAAAACUUUAAAACAUCUUCGCUAGCGAAUUUUACAUCAGGGCUUCCAGUCGACAAAUCGAGUGUUUCAUUAACGACUGCUAUUGAUUUGUUAACUGUUAAUAAAGAUGAAAAAAGCAAAUUGUAUGAUUUUAAUUUGACCGAAGGGUUGACUAGUUCUUACAAAAAAAGUACUAAAAAUGUUUAUAACAAAACAUCUACAAGUGUUGAAAAUAAUUCAUUAAACUACUCCUUACAACCACUUACUACACCGAGUGUCAGAUACUUUGAUUUUACUGAUUCUAGGGAUGAGUAUAGCCCUCAAUCGGAUGCAUUUAUUCAUAAAAUUAAUGGCAAUGAUACUAAUAUAGACGAUAAAAAAACUGCAAUUUCUGGCGACGCAUUUACCCAUGGUAGCAAUACAAACUAUUCUCAUUGGAACGAUCUAUCAGUGACACAGCUCAUUAGCUCAUCGUCUGAUUAUGGAAAUAAGUCAACAGGAGUUACCAUUGCAGGCGGUAACGUUUAUCAUUCGAAUUCACCUAAACACCUCUAUGGAAAGUCAAGCCAACCAUCAAUCUAUCAUAUGAUAAACAACAAAACUGAAAAUUUAAUAGAGGCUGAGACCAAUGCACAUCAUGACUUUGACGCUGCUUUGACUGAGAACAGCACGACUUCCAUUGCAGACACUAAUGAAGUUAAAAAUAUAAUUGAUCCAUUGAGUGUAACUGAAAAUUUGACUAGUAAUAUUCCACCUACUCCAGCAAAUAUAGUUACUAAUCAAGGAUCAUCAAUGUCAUCAUUGGAAAACGUUUAUUCAACCCCUUUAUUGGUUUCAGCAAAAGGGUAUCUGAAUGACUCAAUAACUGAAAUAUCCUCAACUGAAUCAAAUAUCGUAUAUACUAGACCUGGAAAUAUGAGAAAUGAUACGAUUAUUACAGAAACAAAUGAUACGAGAAACUCUUUAAUAACUGGAAGUACUACAAACUUGGACGAAAUUCAAACACUUAUUCCAGAAAGGAAUUAUUCCGUUUUAACAACUAACCAGCCUUAUAAUCUAACCAUCGAAGAAAGAUAUGAUGAAGGAUCUAACGAAGUUACUACAAUGGAAAUCCAAAAAUACCGUUCGACUGAAAAUGUACUUCUUGAAACCACUACACAGUCUCAUGCAAAUCCCCAUACUCAUUCAGGAGUGAGCGAUUCUGUUAUUAUUCAAGACGAUGGUACUAGUAUUAAUUUGACAACUACGACUUCUGUAGAUACUACAAAAAAUGCUAAUUUUACUUACACAGAAAAAACCGAAACUACAUUUAAUAUUAACAAAAAUAUUAGUGCUAAGCCUAUCAAUAAACCCGAAGAUAUUAUCUUCAAAACAACUCCAAAUUCUGUUACUCCAAUCUCUAUUCCAAAGAUAUAUGAUAAAACAAAGGAUGAAAAUCCAAAGAUGAAAACAACAACGGAACGUGAAAUGACUUCUUCAGAAAAAGACAUUAAAACUUCAAGUACUAGCAAAAACAUAAUCGAUUUUGAAAUAAGCACACAAAAUUAUGAAACCAUGCCAUCCUUUAAUAACUUCACAUUCUUAUUACCUACAACAGAUUAUCUCACUAGCUAUCUUCCAGUACGAAUACAUCCAUUCAUAGUCUUCAGUGAAAUUUAAUGAAAAGAGCGGCGUUACAUUGACGAUGUGAACAAUACAUGAUGAAACUAUAUUAAUCACCAGCAUCAGCACAAAGACUUCAACCCUUAACAAAGGCUAAAAAAUGUGAAUUACAUGUUAAUGAAAGGUAAAACUUUUAAGAUAGGUAAGUGUAUAGCUUAAAAAAAAAAUGGGAAUUGAAAAUAUAUGUAUUUUAUGUAAAUUUAUAAUGACUGAAUUAUUGUAGAGUAUCUUUGCAAUUUUGCUAAAAAUAUAAAUUUUUCUUUUUAGGUAAAAUCAUAAUUUAUGAGUAAAUAUAUUCAUGUUACUAGAAAAUAUACUUGAAUGAAAUUAACAUAAAUUAUUCUAGUCAUUGUUUAAACAAUUGAAUUGAUCUCAUAAUAUUAGUAAAUGAUUUGUCAAAAUAUAUUUACAAUUGUAGAAAUAUUCAUAUUCAGUCUUAAAAUUUAGAGUAGCUAUAUUAUUGGCAAGAAAGUAGAGAAUAAAUAGAGUUAUGUAUAUUUUAUAUAGAUUUAUUAAAUCAUUGUCAGAGUAUCUUUGUUAUUUUUUCUAGAUUAUAAAUCCCUUAUGUAAUAAAAUAAUGAUUCAUGAGUGGAUAUGUUCCUGUUACUUGAAUAAAAUACUUGAAUGUAAUGGGCAUACAUAACUAAUUUAGUUACUACUUAAACAUUGAAAUCGAUCUCAUACUAAUAAGAAUUUAAGUAAUGUUUACAAUAUAUCAAAAUCUAUUUACCGACAAAUUAAAUCUUAAAUUGUAUAUACCCAAAAACGCUCCAGAAUACCCAUACUCUUACUAUCCUAACUCUUAUAUCUAUCAUGGGCAAAAUCCUUGAAAAUUCCUCACAAUCAAACAAUUAUCAAAUCUUGCUGCCUUUUCAAUUCCUGAUAAUCCUCUGUGGCAUCUGAAAAGAAGAUGGCCUGGUGGUCUAAUGUGGAUAUCUUAUCAGAG